GUUCAUAUAGUUCUUGCUUCCUAUCUUAGUAGUGGAUUCUAACUCAUGUUUUUGUGCAUUUCUUUAUUUUGAGGUUCAACUAUUUUAUUCUAAACUGAGUACAGAAAUCAUGUACCUAAAUGAAGUCUUUUAAAAUUGACUUUUAAUAAUUACAACUUAACUAGCAUCUCAUGCAUUUUUUCAACCCCAUUUUUAUGUACUAUGCAUAAGAAUGGACAAACUAGAUAUAUAUUAUGAUACAUUAGAAGUAAUUAUAUUGAAAAAAUUUGAACUACAUAAAGAGUUUGGGUAGAUAUUUAGUUGUAAGAGAAAGGAAGAUUGGAAUUAAUUCUAUUAUUUUUGCAUAUAAAAUGUGAAAGACAGUGUUGCAUGGUGGAAUAGAGAGCCAACUUCAGAACCAGGAAGACCUGGAUUCAAGUCCCACUUUUGACACAACUUAGCUGUGUGACUUUAGGCAGGUCACUGAAUCUGUUAGUGCUAAAACAGCUAAGACUAUUAAUUGCUGGGAAGGUGCUAGUCUGAAUUAAGGAAUCAGCAAAAUCACAGUCUGGCCCCUUUCCCUGUGUAAAAUGUAGAGUUGAGUUAUAUGAUCUUCUUUCUUUAAUGUAUAAAAUCAUUUUCAUCUUCAUGACCAGGAGAGGGCAGCAUAAUAUUAUUAGUUAGAAUCUGCAGCAUGCAACAUUAAUAUACUCUUUUUCUUUCAAGAUGUUGCAACAUGUAGAAUACUGCAUCUAAUAGUGAAUAAUAACUUUCUGUGUAUCUUUAUAUACUGCUGCAAAUACUGAGUUUAUGUAUAUUAAUUUCCCAAAUUGGAAAAUGUCAUCUCAGUGGCAAGCUCUUUGAGGCUUUAUGCUCAAAGAUAUCAUUUCAGUAUGGUGGUAUUAUUUUUGCUUUUGUCAACAGAGGGUCACACUGUUAUGAUAUAGUUAGGUCUGCAUUUUUUCAAGAACCAAAGGUUUAGAACAUUGCAUAUUGGAAAUUGUGAAUCUGAUGUUCUAAUUAAAGUUUGCACUAAAGUUUUUGUUUUAGAAUGUAUUAAAUUUUAGAGCUUCUCCAAUUAAUGAAUUUGAAAAAUGCAUUAGUUAAUUCUGAGGUAGUAGUUUCUUGCUUUCUGGUUUGUACUUGUUCUUUUCUAACCUAUAUCUUUUAGUUUAGAUGCUUCCUGCUUUAGCUAUUUAUCCCUUUGGGCGGAUGUCUCACCAUCCCAGUUCCUAAUCCUGUUAACUGUUGUCUGUUUUUUGCCCUUCCUUCAAUGAUGAUUCCUGUGUUCCUUAUUGCAGUGUCAUUGGAUAAUCAGGCCAUGCUGCACUAUAUCAGAGAUAAAACUGCAGUCCCUUAUUUUUCCAAUUUGGUCUGGUUUAUUGGAAGUCAUGUGAUUGAAUUGGAUAACUGUGUCCAGACUGAUGAAGAGCAUAGGAAUAGAGGAAAACUGAGUGACUUGGUAGCAGAACAUCUUGACCAUCUGCAUUACCUCAAUGACAUACUUAUUAUCAAUUGUGAAUUCCUAAAUGAUGUGCUCACAGACCACUUACUCAAUAGGCUUUUUCUGCCUCUUUAUGUAUAUUCACUGGUAAAUCAAGACAAGGGAGGAGAACGUCCAAAAAUAAGCCUUCCAGUUUCUCUCUAUCUUCUGUCACAGGUUUUCCUAAUUAUACACUAUGCACCACUGGUGAACUCAUUAGCUGAAGUCAUUCUGAAUGGGGAUCUCUCCGUGUUCUGUUGUAGGUCUGAACAAGAUAUUCAGAGAAGUUCUGCAAAGUCCAGCAUAAGGUGUUUUAUUAAACCAACUGAGUCACUGGAAAGAUCUCUUGAAAUAAAUAAGCACAAGGGAAAGAAAAGACAACAAAAAAGACCUAACUAUAAAAAUGUUGGUGAAGAAGAAGAGGAGGAGAAAGGCCCUGAAGAAACCCAGGAAGAUACUGAUAAGGCUAAAGGUAUAGAAGGUAGUUCAAAAGGCAUGAAGACAAGUGGGGAGAGUGAAGAAAUAGAGAUGGUAAUCAUGGAGCGAAGCAAACUAACCGAAUUAGCCAUUUCUGUAGUGACAGAACAGAAUACAACGGAUGAAGAGAAGAGUGCUGCUGCCUCUGGGACUGAGAACACACAGUGGAACAGGCCUUUCCUUGAUAUGGUAUAUAAUGCACUGGACAGUCCUGAAGAUGAUUAUCAUGCCCUUUUUGUGCUCUGUCUUCUAUAUGCCAUGUCUCAUAAUAAAGGAAUUGAUCCAGAGAAGUUGGAUAGAAUUCAGCUUCCAGUGCAGACUGAAGUUGAGAAGACCUCCUAUAAUCACUUACUUGCUGAAAGACUUAUCCGGAUAAUGAACUAUGCUGCUCAGCCUGAUGGAAAAAUCAGACUGGCCACUUUGGAACUUAGCUGCUUGUUAAUAAAGCAGCAAGUCAUGACAAACAAUGGCAGUAUUAUAAAGGAUGUUCACCUUGCCUGCCUUGAGGGUGCAAGAGAGGAAAGUGUUCACCUCGUGAGGCAUUUUUAUAAGGGAGAAGAAAUUUUUUUGGAUAUGUUUGAAGAUGAAUAUAGGAGCAUGACAAUUAAGCCCAUGAAUGUGGAAUAUUUAAUGAUGGAUGCCUCUAUCUUGCUACCUCCAACUGGAACACCUCUAACUGGGAUUGACUUUGUCAAGCGAUUGCCAUGUGGUGAUGUGGAAAGAACCCGUAGAGCAAUUCGAGUUUUCUUCAUGUACCGCUCACUGUCACUGCAACUUCGAGAUGAACCAGAGACUCAGUUACCACUGACAAGAGAAGAAGACUUGAUAAAAACAGAUGAUGUCCUGGAUCUGAAUAACAGCGACUUAAUUGCUUGUACAGUGAUUACAAAAGAUGGAGGUCUCGUUCAACGCUUUCUAGCUGUGGAUAUUUAUCAGAUGAGUUUGGUGGAGCCAGAUGUUGCAAGGCUAGGGUGGGGAGUAGUCAAAUUUGCAGGUCUCUUACAGGAUAUGCAAGUAACUGGAGUAGAAGAAGAUAGUAGAGCUCUGAACAUUAUCAUUCACAAGCCUGCUUCUAGCCCACAUUCUAAACCUUUCCCCAUUCUCCAAGCCACAUUUGUAUUUUCUGAUCAUAUCCGCUGUAUUAUUGCAAAACAGCGUUUAGCAAAAGGUCGUAUCCAGGCCCGACGUAUGAAGAUGCAACGUAUAGCUGCACUACUAGACCUUCCAAUCCAGCCUUCAACAGAAGUCAUGGGGUUUGCCCUUACUGCUACAGCUUCAAACCAGCACCUGCCUUUCCGAUUCUAUGAACAAUCUCGCCGUGGCAGCAGUGAUCCAACUGUGCAGCGUUCUGUUUUCGCGUCUGUUGACAAGGUACCAGGUUUUGCUGUGGCCCAGUGUAUAAACCAACAUGGUUCAUCACCCUUGUCAUCAUCAUCUCCUCCUUCCAGUGGCAGUUCCAGUGGUAGUGGGAGUACGGGGCGCUGUGACUCGGUUGCACCCAGCUCCACUUCCACUCCUUCUGCAGCACAAAGCCCAUCAGAUGAUCCUAUGGCUUCGCAGCAGCUCCAGGUGACCUUUUCUGACCAAGUGGUGAUUGUUAAUGAAAUCCCUACAACUUCCAAGUCCAGCAAGAGCCUUGGAAAGGGUUCAGAAGUGGAAACUGCAAACCUGUCCCCCAGCCUGAUUCCUGCCCAGCAACCCACCAUCUCUCUCAUUUCUGAUGAAUCAACAGAUGCACUGAGUGUGGAAUCUUUGACUCUGGUUCCUCCAGUUGACCCACACAGCCUUCGCUCUUUUACCUGCACCCCUCAAUUUUCCACACAGACAGAAACUUGUAAAGUGACAGAGGGUGAGAUUGCCCCUCAUGAGCCAGCAGAUCAGUCUGAACAAUGAUGCAGUUGAUUUUGCUCUGUUUUCAUUUGUGGCCCCUCAAAAAGCUAUAGGAACUAAAUGGUAGCUACAUGAAGGAUGCUUGGAAAAAAGACAGAAUUUUAAGAAAAGGCAAUAGCCUAUCCUAACAAAUAUUAUUUCUGUCUCUUGAAAUGAAAGAAACCCAGUUCUCUAUUGAGUUCACAUUUCUUAUGUUGUAUGUAAGAAAGAACAAGGCAUCAAAGAAAUUGAUGAAAACAGAGUUUCUCCAGACUCCUGUAAUUAUACCUGAGCAAUGCUAUUUCCUAUUUGCUGCCAAAAGAAGAGACUUCUGUGUGAUCUUGUUAUUCUUUUUGUUAGACUUCAGAUGCAAAACACUUGUCCAGAAAGAGGCGAAAAACUAAACUACAAAAGGGUCUUGAAGCUAUUUUGAACCCACCAUCACAAAACUCUUUCCAUUCACCUGAAGUAGUUCUGUUUUCAUUUUGUUCAUUUUGGAUUGACCCAACAGAUUUAUCUAAUGGCAUUCGAUGAGGUCAUUUCAAAAGAUAUGCAAAACAAGAUGAACUGUAGUAAUAUUUAUUUCAGCAUUUGAUACUAAACUAGAAACAUUUAUUUAAAAAGAGAAAAACCACACCACCUCAUUCCUGAAGUUUCUUGUAAAGCUAAGAGUAUAUAAUGUAUAAUUUUUUUUUUUUAAUCUUGGGCUUCUCUGUCUUUUCAGAGCUGUCUAUGAAGAAGGUGUGGUAUGCUACACUGUCUUAAGUGACAUUUACGACUUCAUUACUCACCAACCUAACUCUGCAUGUCUGUUGAAUAAAAAAGCACCUUCCUAGAAAGCCUAACUUCUUUUUCAAACAGAGAAGGAAUUUGAAGAUAUUAUGUAUAAUAGAUUUCUUUGUCACAGCCAAGAAGCCCUAUUUUAUUCUUUAAUGAGAACAUCUUUUCUUGAAAAGAUAAAAAGUUCCAAGAAAUCUUCUACUCAGGCUUUUUUCUGUAACCACAUGUGAACUGUUUUGAGCAUCCCCUUUAGUAAUUGCCAACUCUGUAUGAGGCAAAGAAAGAAAUAUGGAAAACAUGAGGACUACAGAAUAGACUUACCAUAAUUUUACACAAGUGAAAUGAAAUUUGUCUACUGAUUUUGCCCAUAAAACCGGUUUUGUGUACUCAUUCACAGAGGUAAAAAUCCAAGAGCCAGCUAAUAAUUUUAAUGGUUAUGACAUUCAAGGCUUUUGCAGUCUUUGACUCAGUUGCUCUCCUCCCCCUUUCCUCUCAACCUUUGUACAAAUGUACAAGCUUGUUUGUAAAACAAGUCAAGACUCUACAUUUCCUCUUUCAUCCUUUCAAUAUCAUAUAUUGUUGUACAUGUGGAUGAACACAUUGGUAUAUUUAAAGUUAAACUAAAGAUUAUAUACACGUUUCUACAAAGCAAAAUUGUUUAAUCAUCCACAAAUAGUUAAUAUAUUAUUCAUCUCAAUCCAUUCAACUGUAAAACUGAAAGACUACUUUCUUUUUGCUGAAGAAUCUGUCCUUCGAAUGUGUCAAUAAUGAUUCUCAUACUGCUAUUGACUUUGAACUGUUGGUGAAGUUAUCAAAGACUUUCCCUAGCACAUCUUUGAAGAUGUGAUCAACCAGAGAACCAAUGUCCUUGCAACAACUUUCAAACUAGUUUUAUGUAGCCUAUUGACCUGCUAAAAUUCAGAUUUUACAUCACUGGAAUAGAAAUGGCCUAAAAGAGUUGUAAAGAGUGGAUAAAGAAGUAGAAAAAAUUUAAGUAUGGGUACCAAGUUACUCCAAAUAGAUCUCCCUCUUAGUUUCAUCCUGCAGACCUCCAAUCAGAAACAUGACAACAGGUGGACCUUCAUAUUAAUAAAGAAAACAUCCAAUCUGAAACAUGCUGUUUGAGCAGAAGUGAAUAAGGCCCUUGUAAAAACAGUAAAAAACAUAGUUAUUGACAGUAACGUGCUCCCCUGCAAAGGAAGGGAUGGUAGGUAGAAAAGGGCAAAAGAUGAUUGAUGGAAAUAAAUGAAUAAAGGAAUGGUUGACCCUCCCUCC